ACAGACGGCGGCCUUGCGGCAACCUCAGCCAAGCCGCCCACUGCGACCCGGAGAAAUGCUGCCCCAAGUGCCCAUGUCGCCGAUAUUGGUACGCCAACCUGGAGUAUCUGGCAUACAAAUGAUCACCCCGCAGUUUGCAGCAGAACGACAGCCUCGUGCGCCACAACAUCCUGCCUAUAUUCGGCCAGGACAUCCAUCAUACAGGCCUGUUUUUGCUGUUGCGACUACACAACCAAGGCCACAGAAACCUGACGAAUACCUCGUCCCUGCGGAACAACCUCAGUAUCCAGAGGAAAUGCUUGUUCAUGCUCCUCAAAAGCCCAUUGAAGUUCAUAUGGUGCCUACUCGAGCGGGCCGCUGGGUUCCGGCACUUAAAAUUUCUGAACUGGGUACCGCGCCCAAAUUCACGUGUCCUUUAGAAGAGGUUCUCGUCACUCAAGGUCAACCUGCAACAUUGGAUUGUCGGGUGGUCGGCAAGCCGAAGCCAAAAGUCACAUGGUUUAAGGAAGGAGAGCCGCUUGAGCGGACGCCUGAAGUCUGUGUUUCGUAUGAUACUGAAGGUACCUGUCAAUUAGUCAUUCAACACACUGAACAGGAACAUUUCGGACAUUACUAUGUAGAGGCUAAGAACCGAUAUGGGGUCGAUGUGACUCAUGCAGAACUUGUACAAAUUGAUAUGAAGUCACGUGAGCCAAUCCGGAAGGUUGUAGAGCCCUCAACGCUAAAACUAGACUUUAUUCCUAUGAAACCCAAGUUUGAAAUACCGCUGCAGAAUAUCGUGCAGCCACUUGGUACGCCUAUCACGCUCGAGUGCGUGGCACGUGGAAGGCCACGUCCGGACGUUGUGUGGUUCCACAAUGGUCAAAAGGUGGAGACAACGCCUUCCCAAUACGAGGUAACUGUCAUGUAUGACCGUUGCCUAUUGCACAUUAUCGAAUUGAACGAGGAAACCAAAGGAACAUACAGUGCACGAGCCACAAAUGAGGCCGGCGAGGAACUUACCACUUGUGUUCUCGAUAUUGGAGAGCCAGAGCCGUUGGCCCUCCUCGAUACAUCGAUGGACUCGGUGUCGGUCUCGGAAUCAUAUGACGACUCCUUUAUGUCUGUGAGCCGUUCAAAAUACCACAAGAAAAAGACGAUUAGUGAGUUGCAGAUGGCGCCUUGGGUACGCAAACCAGGUCCACAGACAUCUUCUUUGGAGUGGAAUGAGAGCGCCGAUGAAAGUUUCCUCGACGUUGAUCGUAAACAAUGGCAAACUGAAAGGUUCGUGUCACACGCUGAUGUACGCCGUAUCAAGAAAUUGCGCCAGAAGCAAGAUACAGAAACGGCCGAGUGGACGGAGGCGAUAGACGAAAGUUCCAUCAAUGUCGACCGUAAGCAAUGGGAGAUGCAGCGACAUGUUUCUGAACUGUCGAAAAAGAUCACGCGCAGGCCCCACAUUACCGAGCUCGAUGAGAAGAAAAUCAUCGAAGAGUUCGUCAUAAUCGAGAAAAAAGAGACCAAGAAGGAAGAACUGGUUUCGCAGACCAGCACAAUUGAAGAAGGCCCGAAACCUGAGACAGCUGACGUACAAUAUUAUGAAAGAUUACGUAAGCCUUUGAAGAAGAAAGAGCCCGAAUUUGUGCGCAGACAAUAUAUAUCCGAACUUAGUCCAGAAGAACUGAUUGAAGAAGUCAUCGAACAGCCCAUAAGGGAGAAACCUGCCGCGGUGGUCGAACCUCCAGACGUAAGCCAUAUCGCUGAGGAAACGAUAUUGGAAGAAGUCAAAGAGCCUUAUGAGAAGAGGGUCUAUGUGUCAGAGCUCAAGCCGAUUGGUAAAAAGGCCAAACCCAAGAAACACAAGCCUGAUACGGCUAUCGUACCUGAAGAAACAGUAAUCGUUGUCAAAAAGGAGCAGGCUCGUCAGGGUACCAUCGAAACGCUUCUGUUGGAGGAGAGUGCAAUGCCGGCGCUGCUUAAGCCACUGGUGAUGAAACCGGCCGAGCAACCCGAAAUCACAGAGGUGGUCGAAGAGGAAAUUAUGCUGAAAAAGAAGAAGCCUGAGAAACCUAGAGAGUCUGUUCCUCAGCACAUUGAAGAAGUCGAAGAGAUCAAAGAAGAAAUCGUAACGAUCAUACCUAAGAAAGAGGAAGUAUCGCAAGUAGUAACUGUCGAAUCCAUCGAGCACAAACCAGUAGAGUUCGAAGUCCGACAGAAGCCGAAACGUAAAGUUAGCUUUGCUUCUAUAGCCCAAGAAAUACCUGAAACGGUGGCGAUUGAGAAGGAACUCACAUCGAAGGAGGUAGAAAGAGUCACGGUAACAGAGGAAAUUAUCUCGCUAAGCAAGAAACCAGAAAAGAAAAAGCCAAAACCGACAAAAGAGAAAAGGCCAGAGGAGGUGAAAGAAGUCGUUCAGACUAUUGAAAUCGUUGCCAAAGCCAAGCCUGAGCCGAAAUCGACGGUGAUUGUCGAAAGCAAGGGUCUUCCCCAACCGGAAAUCGAAGUUAAACAGGACAAGAAACCAGAAAUAAAGGUCGACUCCAAGGGUAAACGCGAACCCAAGCCAGAAACCACCAUCGUUGAAGCAAUCAAGAAAUACGAAGAUAUAAGAGAGAAACAGAUCGAGCAAAUCCAGCCAGAACGUCUUCAAAAAGAGGAGAUGACCGAAAUAAUAGAAGAGGUCUCUGUAGUGUCGGAAAAAGUUGAGACGGUACCCAUUGAAGAGGAAACAAUCGACGUGGAAACAGCGGUCAUCAUGAAGAAAAGAGUGACGGAUAAAACGACGCCGAACAUGACGAUUGAUGUAAUAACCCUUAAAAAGAAACCAGAGUAUCCUGAAGUUACGGCUACGUCUCUUGGGUAUCCUGAAUUGGAAGUCAAGCAAGUGCUUCCGAUCGAGUUUGUGAUUGACUCUCGCGGUAGGAGGCGUUCCACAAUUGAGCAACAGAUUAUAGAAAUAACUAUGGAUAAAGAUAAAACAGAGACCAAAAAGACCAGAAAAGUGAGAACAUUGAAAGAUGGAACUACUAAAAAGGUGGUAGAGUUCAAUAUUGAAAGGCUCUCACAAAUGGAAAUCAAACCUCAGGAGUUUAAUAUUACCUGGACACCAGAUCAGGUAACCGAUACAACAGAGACCUUUGACGCGGGUACCCUGCAAGUGCGUAAAGCGAUUAGGACCAUUCAAACUCCAAGCAAAGAAACGAUCGAUGCAUGUAAAAUUACUGAGUUUUCACCUUCACCUCAGCUACACAGCAUUAAAGGCUUAAUCGUGGAACUUCCAGAGGAAAUACCAAGAAUCAGGGGCUUGCAGCAGGUCGAGACACCAAGUGAGCAGACAGUUACAAUCAUUGAGUCGCCUUCCAGGAAAGGUAAAGUUGUUGAAGAGGGUACCAGAAAACCAGAUGGAAGAGUGAAGAAAACCAUCACUAGUACCGAGACAAUCAGCCAAAUGCCGACAGAGGAGGAGUUUGAGAAACAAACUGAAACAAUAACCCUGAAUGUUGCUAAAGUGAGCAAAGAGAGAUUAGUGAGGAAGCAUUUGUUGGAUGAUAAAACUAUUGAAGCAGAAAUAAUGGUUGAAAGCACAGUAUUUAAACCGGACUCUCCCAGCAUUUCUGUGGCGUCCGUUGGUUUCCCUGAACUCGAAUUGCAACAGAAGUUACCUAUCGGCCUCGACUCGCGAGGCAGACCGGAAGACAUUUUCGAAGAAACAACGCUCAUCUCAAUGAAUAGUAAAGGACAUCCUAAAAAGAAAGUUACAUCGAAGAAAAGGCGACCUGAUGGAGUUGUCGAACAGCACAUGCAGGUGUUUGACGAUGCGUCUUUGCCAAUUGAUACAAUAGAACAGGAGACUAAAGUUCUGGACGUUGGUACGAUCACAAGGACUGUCGAGAAAAGGCAACCGUCAAAUGCAGUAUCCGAGGAACUCGUUGAAACGACCGUGUUCACACCGAAACCCAAAUAUUAUAAUAUCCGGCUCGAUCAGAUCGGGAUAGAGGAAAUGCAGUUCAUAGAAGUUCUUCCCGAAAAAUAUGAUCUAACAGGUAGGCCCCUUGAAGACAUAUGCGAAGUGACAGAAGAAACAAUUGCCUCGCCCGAGAGGCUAACCAAAAAGAAAACAAAGAAAACUCAUAAAGUGGAUGGUACAAUAGAAAAGGUUGUUGCAACAACAGCUUUACACAAGAUUGAUCGACCAGACCUUGACUCAACUAGCACCGAGGAAAUUCAAUUACUAACUCGUGGUAAAAUUAAGAAGACCAAAAAGAAAAUGAAUUUAUCAAGAGAGAACGUGAUUGAACAUGUUGUCGAGACUGUAGUCGUACAUUCGAAGGAGCCUGAAAGGCCCGUUACAUUGACCUCGUUAGGUUAUCCCAAAGCGGACGUAGGACAGCUGGCAAGGAUAACAGUUGAAGAGCUUCCCGAUAAGGCAACAGAGAUAAUCGAGAAGAAGGGCAAACGCACAAUAAAGAGGAUUACUAAACAGCCGAAAGGGACUGAUGAACGUGGCAACGAGAUAGUGAUCGAAAAGCUCGUGGUGACGCUUCCUGAAGAUGCUGAGGUUACUCCCUGCGAGUUAUCCGAAACCAUCGAGGAGGUGCCUUCAGGAACGAUUACUAAAAGGCGAAAAACGAUAAAAAGACCAUCACUUAAUGUUAUCGACAAGACCGUCGAAAUGAUUGAAUACACACCGCGAACGGCAUAUGUGUUGACACCCGUAGAACUCUUUGACUACCCCUCGCUGCAAGCAGUGUUAACAAAUUUCCCUAAAACUGGAAAGGUUCCCAGAAAGGAGACCCACGAGACGGUCGUCGAAAAGCAAAAGGUAAACAACCAGAUCAAGCGUGAAAACAAGAUUGAGCGUAUCCGAAAACCCGAUGGAUCCGUGCUCUUCAUUGUUGAAGAGGAAACUUAUCCGAUCCAUGAGUUCGAGGUCACUCCUGAGACAGAUGUGACUAAAAUCACUGAACAGAAAAUUGACCUCCACGGAGCAACAGUAUAUAAGGAAAAUCUUACGCGAGAGAAGCGACAAGGCAAUAUAGUAGAAAAGUUAACCACGGAUACCACUUGCCUCAAGGUGGAUGACAAAAUGCCUGAAAUCACAGCCGAGUCGAUCGGAUACCCUGAGAUGACUUCCAAAGACGUUGAAAAUGCUCCUAUAAAAAUAUCAUCUACAACUACUGAUAGCAAAAUGGGCCGUAAGAAAACGACCAAAAUCAGGAAGGAAAAGAAACCCGAUGGAAGUGUCGAACGCACAAUCGAAAUUCUUGAGGUGCGACCCGAUAUCUUAGAGUUUGUGCCAUUUACAUUUGACGUCUCCCAAAAGGAAGCCUUUAUGGAGACAACUGAAGAAUCAAUUGCACUUGAAGGCGUUCACAUUCAGCGUCAAAAAGAGAAAACGUGUGAUUUUCAUAAAGAGGGAGAAAUCGAAAUUGUUGAAACCGUUAGUUCAAUUCUAAAACCGACAAAUACGGAGCGUUUUGUGGAUGUAACUAGUUUUGGGAUACCUGAAUUCGAAUUUCUGGACAAACGACCAGUUGAAAUAGACGCAAGAAAUCAGCCGAAACAAACUACCGAAGUUACUGCGGAGACCAUUAAAGAUUCUCGAGGAAAAGUGACGACAAAGAAGAGCAAAAAAGUUAGGAAGCCUGACGGAAGUAUUGAGCAAACUGGCGAGAUUUCAGAAGUCUUCCCAGAACAUUACGUUCUCAGCGACACAACUGCCCCAAGCGAAGAGAUCACCGAAACUACUAUCGAAUUCGAACCUGGAAAAAUAACUAAGAAAAAGAAGUCUGUGAGCAAGGAUGACAAAAAGGAGCCAGAACAAACCGAACUUGAAACCAUCAUUUUCACUCCAAAGAAAACCAAAGAAGAUGAACAUGUUACCAUCGAUACGGAAUCAAUAGGAUACCCCGCUAUUGAAGUUCGUCAGCUUCUGCCAAUAGAAACGGAUUCAAGCGGCCAACAAAUGCCUGUUUUUAAUGAAACCACUAUUGUGGAAAUUACACACGAUAUUAAGAAAACAAUAAAAAUUAAAAAGGUUCGUCAACCUAAUGGAACAGUUGAAACGGUUACCGAAAUGGAACUUAAAAAGCCACAGGAGGGUGAUUUGAGGCCCAGCAGAGCUGGUGAAGCACGACCAGAAAGCAUAGUCACCGAGAAAACCGUACUUGACGGUGCGGAGAUUAUGAAAGAAGUAAUAACUAGUUCUAAAAUAGCAGAUAUUCCCGCUUACACUGUAGAGACGAUUAAAUUCAAGCCACAUCCAAAGUACUUUAGAUUAGUAACUCCCACGAAAGUAGACCUUCCUGAACUUGAGAUGAGCGUGCCUCUGGGAGGUCAAACCAAGCCAAUUACUGAGGAGAAAGUUGAAUAUGUUAAGCCAAUCGACUGCCCAAAACUCAAAAAGGUAACCAAAAAGACUCGCCAGCCUGAUGGAAUUAUAGAACAAGUAACGGUUACUAAACCCGCCACAGAUAUGCCUACGGAAGAUCAGCCGAAGGAAAGGGAAGUUUUGCCAGAAGGUACUGUCAUUUCUGUAGAGAUGAAUAAGAUCGAAACGGAAUGCAGUAUUGAUUCUGGAGUCACCGAGAUGCCCGAUUCGAUAAAGGAAUUAAUUCAUUAUACCAUCGAAGAUAUAGACGACGAGGAAAUUAAAAAGACGGAAGUAUAUCUAGAUGAUCGCAAAAAAAUUGCGGUUGAGGAAGAGGUCAUUGACAAAGCACCGCUUGCAAAAGAAAUGGCAUCUCUGAUCGAACAGUCGAGUAUAGUGCUCGAGACCGGCCGUGUGGAUAAAAAGAAACUGAUCAAAACAGUUACUGCAGAAGACGAGGGUCCGAAGGAAAUUAUAACUGAGAUAUCAAUUUAUCAGCCCAAGCCCGAGUUCCGCGACGUGGCUUUAACAUCAAUAGGCCUUCCGGAUUUUGAAGUGAGACCCCACAUACCCAUCGAAAUCAUGGAUCGUGAAGUAACUGAACAAAUUCUCGAGGUACGAAGGAUGAAGAAACGCGGUAAAGAUGUUAAAAUUAAAACUGUCACUAAGAAAACUAAGCAACCUGACGGAACCGUUAAAAAAAUUGUCGAGGAAAUGGAAGUCAAGGAAGAAUCGGCGGCAAUGGAAGAACUUCUACCAGGGAGCGCAGAAAUGCCGCAAGACGUUAAACGGCAAACCACGGAAGAAGAGGAGAUUAUUCCAGGUGUUCUCGAAUUCUUGACAAAGCGUCUAAAACCACGCCGCGAACUUACCCGCAUAUAUACAGAUCGCGCUCCAGAGGACCAGUUCAUUACCGUAUCAGAAAGCGAAAUCACACUUGAAGUUGCCGAUAUUACUGAGAAAAAGGUUAUCAGAAAGAAGCCUAAAUGGAGACACAUUCCAGAGCAGUUGUCUCUGAUUGAAGUGACAGUACUAAGGCCAAGACCGUCAGAGCAUGAAGUUACACUCGAGGCUCUCGGCUAUCCAGACCUAGAGGUACUGCAAACAAUUCCCGUUAAGACCGACUGGCAAGGAAGACGAACAUCGAAUGUGACAGAAGACCGAGUACUUCUUACUAUCGAUAACGCUGGAAAACCGAGAAAAAGAACUAUUAAAAAAAUUAAAAUGCCUGACGGAAGUAUAGAACGGACCGUGGAAAGCACUAUCGAAACAGUAGACGAAUGGGAAACUGUCUCACAGAUUUACGAAUUGCCUGAACCUAUUGAGCGAACCGAAGAAGUUACAUUUGACACUGGUAAGUUGACUGUGCAAAAAGCCACUAAGCAAGUGAAGAGUCCGGAUGGAAAUGUCUGUCAUGAAACUACCGAAACAUGGGAAUUCAAACCGAAAGUAGAAUAUUUCUCUCUAAUCACACCUGAAAGAAUCCAUCAUCCGGAGAUGUGUGUUGUAGAAGGUACCCCCGUCAAUAAAGAUAUGUAUGGUAGACCUGUUUCCGACGUGGUGGAGGAGUGUACUACAAUCGUUAAUCUACCCAAUAAGAAAGUGACCACUGUUGAGAAAAAGAAGAAAAAGAAAGAUGGUUCAUAUGAACGAAAUGUUGUAACUCUCAUGGAAAGUGUUGCACCUUUAGAAACGCCAUCUUACGAUCAGAUCGUAGAGCAAACGAUCGAGCUCAAUGUAGCUAAGAUUAGUAAGCAUAAAGCUCAAAGGCGAUCGUUUAUUAGGGAUACGGUAGAUAGCGCUGAGAAACGUGAAAUUACUACUGAAAUCAUUCGUUUAGAGCCGAAAACAUCAAUGCAGGAUAUUAGUUUUACUUCAAUAGGAUACCCAGAACUUGAAAUAGUCAAACCUAUCCAAAUCGAGGCCAUUUCAGUAAAACGAGAUACUUCACACGAGUCAUCCAUGAUUUAUUUCGACGCAAAAGGUAAACCGAAAAAACGCACAACAAAAACGACUGUCACCAAAGGGGGCGUAAUCACCCAGAAAGUUAAAACAGUUGAUCUUCCUGCGCACACAUAUGAUUUGUCGGAGGCCCAUCCUGGCGAUGUGAUUGAAGAGACGAGUAUCACGAUGGAUAAGAAAGUCAAGAAGACAAGGCGCAAGGCUAGCAUUGUUACCAACGAAGGUGAGAUCGUUGAACGUACCAUCACUGUCUACCUCACGAUUCCGCAUACAUACACCAUUAGGGAACCGACGCAUGAAGUCAUCGAAGAGAGUAUCGAGGAAAUAUACGUUCCUGAUGGUCGUACCGCUACGGUAAUAACAAAGACGAGACAGAAAUCUGAUGGAACUCUCGAAACAACUAUAGAAGAGCUCAUUCCUCGAAAAUCUGAGCCAAACGGUACAAGAAGGAAGACUCCUCGUUCCCUGAUCCAAGAUGUGGAAGAAAUCGAAGGUGUCGUCGAAGUGACCGAAACUGUUCCCCACGAAGUGAUUUAUGAAGAAGCUACUGAGAAGGUGUUAACACAGCUUAAAGAUGGCAGACCAGAAAGGGACAACAAAAAGCCAGUAACAGAAGAGGAAACCAUAAUCGUUCAACGUCCGGAUGGAAGUACGGAUGAAAUAACUACAGUUCGUAUAAGGCAGGGUGAUAUAAUUACACAAUCAUAUGAAGUCUUUGAGGAGACGCCGAAGCCCACGAAACCGAACAAGCCAUCGAGAAAAACUGCGAUUGAAGAGAUUAUAGAGGUCGUAGAAGAGCCCGUGCUUUUCGACUAUAAGCUGAACGAACAAAUGGUUACAUCUAAGAUAGAAGAUACUGAAGAGCAGCCUACGAAACUGAAAGAACAACUAACGGAGAAUAAAGAUCAAGAACUUGAAAACCUUCCAUUUGAUGUACGUAAAAUUUCAUUGGGCCAUUUAGUACUCAAGACGCGCUCAUCGGAAAAGAAGGCUUCUAGAAAAGAGAAAUAUGUUGAAUAUAUCGAGACCUUACGAGAUAUUGAAGUGAUCACAGAGGUUGGGACAGUAGACAAACAAAAACAAACCCAUGAUGUAGUCGUUGAAAGCGCAAGCUAUCCCAAUCUUGAACAAAGAUUUAAGCUGCCAGUGGAGAUCAGUUCGCAAGACACAACGACUAGACGCGUCGAAACAGUCAUCGAAAUGCUUUCAAAAGAGAGAAAGCACGCGUCAGUUCAAAUAGUCGAAUUCGAAGAAACACCCGGCAAAGUAUCAGAUACUGUUCCAAAAGAUGAAAAAAUGUCCGUAAUAGAAACAACAGAUCUCGAGCCAUUUGAGACUACUGAAACACACACAACUCCCAUAACAUUAGCAGGUAAGCCACUAAAGAGGAAACCAAAGAAGCCCGCUUUAGAGGAGUUUGUUGUGACUUCGAAAAGACCCGUGAUAACGUUCGAUAUAAAGGAGCAGGAAAUUACAGAAACGAAAUACGACAUUGUUGUCGAAAGCACUGUAUACCCAAUUGAGUUCGAAGUUGAACAGACCAUACUAAGACCUAUUGAGACCCAAACAGAGACCAUAGCGACUCAGAGGAGAGAGCUUCUUGAGAUAGAAACAACCCCAAGAAGAUUAGUUGGGACCAGGGAACAAAUUGUUAAACACCCGAUUAAAAAGGAUUCAGUAACAAAAUCUAUUACUAAGGUUGUAACGUAUCCAGAUGAUGCAAUUGAGGAAAGGUUGAUGACUGAGCAACCUGAAGAGGGUUAUAUUCUUAAAUUUAUUGAAGAGAAGCCGAAAGAAGCUCCGAAACAGCAGUCUAAACAGCCGGCCUCGGAAGAGCACCCUCUAAAACUAGCAGUUGAAACUACGGCGGAGAUAAUUCUUGAGACUGAAAAAUCCAAAAAGCUUAAAAAGAAACAAGAAUCUCCCGAGAAGAUCCACGUUACAAUGGAAUAUGAAUGGUUGAGUGACAAAAAACCAGAACAGAAAAUUGUGGUCGAUAGCACUGGCUAUCCAGAGCUAGAAACCAAUCAGAUAAUUAAACAACCGAUUGUGUUAGAAUCUAAGGGAAUGACAGAUGACCGGGCGCAGACCGCGUUUGAGACCGUUCUCGUGCCUAAAAAAAGUGUAGAAACGCAUACCAAGAAAAAGAAGCCUCAAACAAAGGGUGAGGUUAAAGAGGCAUCCGAAAAGGAAGUGAUUGCAGUAAAGGAUAUUGAGGUUAUCGAAUCAGUCGUUGAGGGUCCUACCAUUGAAAUGUACAGCGUGGAGACACCUAAAGAAUUCGAAGAGCACCAAACUAUUGACGAUCAAAAACCAAAGACCGAGAAAACAAGGCUGCCUGAAGAAGUUAAACAGGAUCUUCUUGAAGAUCUUCCAUUUGAAACAACAAUGACGAGCGUUCGGGAUAUCGAAUUUACGAGACACGUACCUAAAGGAAAGACUAAGAAAAAGGCUUUCAAGCUUGAAAAUGAGAUCCUACAAGAUAUGCAAACCAUCAUAGAGAUAAGUAAGCUUGAGAAACCUAAGACAACUCACGAAAUGGUUCUUGACAGCAGUAAGUACCCUACGCUUGAGGUUCAACCACUACCAAAAAUGCCGAUCGCAGUCGAGUCGAAAGAUAACACUUCAAGCCAUAUUGAAACUACGAUUGAAAUGGCUAUCAAAGGUAAAACAUCAGAAAGGAAAAAGCUUAAAAUGAAGCAACCUAAGGCUAGUGAACAAGCAACAAACACUGACAGGAUGAAGGACACUAAAUACGCCGGUAAAGAACAACCCAACAUUGAAAAAUUCAUGGUUGAGGUACAUAAAAAGCCUGAUAUAGACAAGGCCUCUGAAAAAUCUACAACAGGCCAAGUAGUCAAAACCGUAACGGAUGAUCUGGAACAGCCCGAGAAAGGAACUAAAAUAUUUUCUGACAGUGUUGAAGCUACAGUUACUAAGGAGGUGCCUCUCAAAAUGGAUCAUAUCAUUACACAGGAUGUGACACUGAAGUCUGGAUCUACUAGCAGGAAACCGAAGAAAAAGGCUCUAGAGCGAAGAGAAGACAUAAUUGAACAUGCGAAAAUUAUUUUAAAUACUUCCAAACACGAAGAACCAACAAGCAGUUGUGACAUAACAAUCGAGAGUACCGAAUACCCCGACUUUGAUGUUUACCAAAAGCUGAUGACUCCAAUAGUUACCGCAUGUAUUAGAGACGAGCGCGCUGAAACUGUUCUUGAGAUGGAAACUAAGCCUAAAAAAAUCGAAAAAGCAGUGAGGGCUAGCACACCUAAAUCGUUUGAUGACACCAUUGAAAAAAAUUUGUUUGUGAAACCUGGUAUUGAAGAACUCGAAGUCAGGGAAUGUGCAAUAGUGGUAUCUAAGAAACCAGAACAAAAGAAGUUCUUAGUCGAGGCUGUCGUAGAGUCUACAACGCUUCCGAAUGAAUCUACUAAGGAGGUGAAAACUCUCAAGACCGUCGAGGUUCCUGAAGAGGAAGGCUCUGAUGAGGAUAGCGAGAGAAAGGCAAAGAAAAAGCAUAAGAUACCACUAGAUCGAGCACUUGAGGAGCGACCUUUCGAACCAAGAGAAAUUAGCGAAGGAGUCGUCAUUCUCGAAUCAAAAAGUUCAGCCAAGCAACCUAAAGAGAAGACUUUCGAAAAAACCGAGGGUAUUGUUGAGGACGUCGAGAUCAUUCUCGACAGCGGUAAGCUAAGUAAACCAAAAGUGGAACACAGUAUUACCGUUAGUAGCAGUGAUCGAUUAGGCUUUGAGGUCAAGCAAUACAUCAAAAUCCGUACCAUAACAGAAUCCAAAAGAACAGAUGAGGAACGGGCAGAAACGUCCUUGGCAAUGCUCAUCCGCAGCGAGCGACCCCACAAAAAGCAAAAGCCAGAAAAAGUGGACAAACAAGAGGAGCAAGUAGUUGUAACUAGUAUACACGAGCCACAAGUUUAUGACUUGACUCCCAUUUGGAUGACUGCGAGACUGAAACCCCUGUGUGAUCAAUCGCGUGUGUAUUCCAUUUCUAAUGCUAAGGAUACCACAAUCGAUAAAACCUGGCACUAUGAAAGUGCAAAAACAUCUGCUUUCAGCAUGAAGCCUCAUAUGUUUGAAGUGCACACGCCAGAGAUCUGUAUAAAAAAGCUUCUGAGUGUGCGCGGGCUCCAGAAAAUGUACACUGAGCUAACCGGUCAAGAUGUCAUGGGUGAGACCUGGGAGACGCCAAAAGAAAUUGAUAAUCAGACUACUCCCGUAGAUACAGGCUUGAAGAAGGCGCCUAAGAAGAAAAGGGUUGUUUUCAAGGACAUCGUCCAUGAAGACGUCAGUCUUGAGGAGCAUGAAGAACAGGUUGGGCCGCAAAGAUAUGUGGAAGAAGUAUUCUUGCCACAGGAAUAUAAGCCAGAAGAACUUCCUUUGCAAGCUCCAGAAGCACCAAUUCUUGUAGAAGACAAACCUAAAAAGGAACAGCAAGUGAUGGACCAGGGUAUUGAUUCUACCGAGAUGGUAUUCUCAGAGACAACCGAUAUUACGCUGAAAGAAAAGGGCAAGCCGUCUAAGCUGAUAAGGGCAACCGAACCGAAAAAGGGUGAUGAAGAAACGAUUGAGGAAGUUCCCAUUCUUAUCGAUUCGGCAAUUGCGCCAAAAGGGCAAGAGGUUACCACCGCUCUUGAAAGCAGAAAGGCCCCCAGCUUCGAUGUAUCGCAAACAUACGUUCGACCUGUGUCUGUUGAGGCAAGUAGUACAGAAAAACAAUAUUCAACUGACAUCGAGAUGACCAAAAAACUGAAAACCCGGCUGGAAAGGACACCCAAGGUUGUUGAAGAAAAGCCUCAAGAGGAAGUGCGCGAGCAAGUUUUGUUUGAAGCAACAGAGAUAGAAAACACUGAUAUCGCUUUAACGGAGGGUGAUAAACCAAAGAAAGUUAAAAAGAAACCGUCCAUUGAUUUUGAGGAGCAGCUCGACGAGCAAUUAGUGACUAUCGUCUCAAUUGAAAACCCUGACGGAGUUCAGCACGAUAUUGUUCUUGGUAGUAGCGAAUAUCCCGAUUUCGAUAUAGAACAGGCGUACAAGACACCCAUAGACGUUAGCGUUCUUUCUCCCGAUGAAUUGGUGCGCUCUGAAGUCGAUAUGUCGCCGCGUAUACAAGAAAAACCUGAUGAACCUGUAAUAAUUGAGGAGAUUGUAAUUGAAAAGGUACCAGCGGAAAGGAAGUAUGAAAUCAUGUCAGAUGUAAAGCUCGCUUCAAAACUGAAACCGACGAAGGAAAAAAAGAAACGUCAGGAACUCCCGAUGGAGGUAGAAGAACCUCUAGCUAGUCAGCCGGUCGGAAUUUCUAUCGGAAGAUACACACAUUAUAAGACUCCUAAAAUUGCGGUCUCAAGCGACGAGCUUCCGGAUAUCAACAUACAACAGAGGUACGUACCUUCCAUCGAGGUUGAGGCAAUUCAAGAAAAAGAAUUGGAAUUCACCGAAAUUGAGGCAAGUGGUAAAACUACAACCGUCAAAGAAGUGGAGGGUGAAAAGAAAGAAAUACCAAAAGAAGUAGUUGAGGAAAUGUCUUUUGAAACGAUAGCUACUGAAGCAUCCGAAGUAACCGUAACCUUCCCGGCUAAAAAGGAAGAACCGACCAAGAAACAAUUAGUCCAAAUGGAAGAAGAAAAAAUAACUGAACAGCCUAUAGCGAUUAUUAGCUUAAGCCAACCAACGCAGGAUACUGACCGUAUCAUCGUGAUCGAAACUGUAAUAUAUCCGGAGAUUUCGACGGUUGAGCAGACGUACCAAAGGCCGGUGAGUGUCGAUUCCGUAACGCCUGAAACGCUGAAGCGGUCUGAGGUUGAUGCGCUACCGAGAAGGCCUAGCGAAACUCCUUUCGUUACAGAAGACAAGGAGACGAAAAUAGAAGAAGCUGCGCCCGAAAGAAAGCCAUUUGAGCCAGCUGCAACAGCAACGUCCGAGAUCGUAUUGGCUAAAAAGGAUGAGCCAAAGAAACCUAAGAAACGUCCUUCUUUUGCAAAGCCGGAUGAAAUUCAAGACCAGCCUGUGGCUAUUGUAUCUAUGGGUAAACCGACAGAAGAUCAUCAGUACAGUAUAGUCGUCAAAAGCAGCGAGCUCCCGGAGAUUAAUGUUGAACAGGCCUACAAGAGGCCUGUUGAACUCGACACAACAUCGUUCAAACGACUUCAUCGAAGCGAAAUUGAGGCUCGGCCUAAAAAAGGUACCAUAAGAAAGGUCUCUCCAGAGAAACAGGAAGAAGCCUAUGCUGAAGAAGAACGAUUUGAACCAUGUGAAGUUGAAACUUCUGCUAUCACACUGAUGCAGAAGGAUAAAGAGAAGAGGCCGCGGAAGCGGCCAUCCGUUCAAAGUGAAGAAGAAGUUGUCGAACAAUUAGUUGCCAUUAUCUCGAUCGACAAACUCACGGAAGAAAAAGAGCGUACCGUGGAAGUUAAAAGCCACGAAUACCCCGACUUCGAGGUAGUGCAGAGUGAUCAAAGGCCUAUACGUAUUGACUUUAUAACCCAUGAGGAACUUAAGCACAGCGAAAUUAUAGCUCCUGCAAAACGGGUGAUUGAAACUGACAUAAAAGAGGUUAAAGGCGGAGACGAUAAGCCAGCUAUCGCAGAAACACUAUUUGAGACUGUAAUGAUAGAAACCUCAGACGUCACUCUUAGUAAACCUCAGAAACCUAAGAAACCAUCAUUGAUUAGAGAAAAGGAUAAAAAACCUACGGAACAGAUGAUAGAUAUAAUAUCUAUAUCGAAACCUUCUGAAAAGACUAGCUAUGACAUUGUGGUAGCCAGUGACGAGUAUACAGAUCUCACUGUCUCUCAGACCUACAAGCGGUCAAUCGAAACUGAUGCUGUUGCCUAUGAGGAGCCUAAGCAUAGUGAAAUUCAGGCCCUUCCCAAACGAAUUUUGGAGGAUAUUCCGAGUCUGAGAGAAUUCGUUGCCGUAAAGAUCCCUGUAGAGACAACGUCUGAAGCAAUGGUAUUAUUCUCCGAUCGCAAAGAAGUAACCGAAAAACCAAAAAUGCCCGUCCCGAUUAAAGAAGGAGAAACGAUUUUCGAGGCACCGAUGACUAUAGUUUCUACUGGAAAACUUGUAAAAGAAAAGCAGUACGACAUUCUUGUGGAAAGCGAAACGUACCCUGAACUUGAGCACGUCUACAAAAGACCUGUUGACGUACAUGCUUCAACGCCAGUUGCACUACAGCGAAGUGAGCUCGAAACGACGAAAGUUGAAGAAGUCCUAGCAGAGAUUGCUACAGUCGAAAAGGUAGUGGAAGCAGAAACUAAAUUAAUUGUAGAGGGACCAGAUCAAAUACCAUUCGAACCCACGGUUGAGGAAAGAUCCGAGGUCACACUUGCACGAAAGGAAAUACCGACACGACCCAAAAAACGACCUUCUAUUAUGACUAAAGAGGAGACCACUGAGCUGCCUUUUACGAUUGUGUCGAUCGGUCAGCCAAGUGUUUCAAAACAAUAUGAUAUUGACACAGAUAGCGCGUGUUAUCCUGACUUUGAAGUUGAGCAAAUUUAUAAGAGACCUAUCCAUGUAGACUCUACGACAUCAGAAGACCUUAAGCGUAGCGAACUUCAAGUUGAGAGUAAACAAAGUGUUGUAGAGGAGACUGCUGAAGAAAAGAAGCCGAAAGAAAAAGUCCCUGAGGAAGUUCUAUUCGAGACAUUACUUACCGAAACUUCAGGUGUAAAUCUAGCAGAAAAGGAGAAACCGAUAAAACCAACGAAGAAGCCUUCUGUACAGAAAACUGAAGAGCUAAUUCAGGAAAAACCAACAACUAUUGUUUCUAUUGGGGAGCUUGAGCCUGAAAAGAAGUACGAGAUAGUUGUUCAAAGCAAAACCUAUCUUGAUAUCGAUGUCCAACAAAUCUAUUUAAGACCUAUUGAUGUAAAGUCGACUUUAUUGGAAGAACUUGAGCGUAGCGAACUCGAGGCCGAGGGCAAAUCAAUCAUUGUAGAGGAGGUCUUCGAAGAGUAUAUACCCAAAGGGGAAGUCCCUGAAAAGAUUCCAUUUGAGACAUCGGUCGCUGAAACCUUAAGUGUCGACCUAGUCCAGACGAAAAAAACAGAAAAGCCAAAGAAGAGGCCCUCUGUGCAGAAGGUUGAAGAGGAGAUCCAAGAAAAGUUAGUGAUCGAUAUUUCUCUGGAAGUGCUAAAACGCGAAGAAGUACACGACAUCACAGCUGAAAGCAAGGCAUAUCCUGAUGUGGAAGUUGAACAAAUUUAUAAAAGGCCUGUUAGUACAAACUCAGCCUUGUUGGAGGAUUUUAAGCGAAGUGAAUUUGAGAUUAAAUGUAAACCAGCCGUUGUAGAAGAGAAGAUAAUUGAGAAAGACAAGCAGCAAGAGGAGGUUCCUGAGGAGGUUCCGUUUGAGGCAACAGUAGCUGAAACAUCAAGUGUAGACCUGACUGGAAAAGAGAAACCAACAAGGACAAAGAAAAGGCCGUCCGUGCCGAAAAUUGAGGAGAAAAUUCAGGAAAAAUCAAUUACCAUUGUCUCCAUCGGAGAGCUUAGGCCAGAAAAACAGUACGAAAUAUUGGUUGAAAGCGAAACCUAUCCAGAUUUUGACAUCAAACAGACCUAUUCAAGACCUAUCGAUACCGACUCCACUUCUUUGGAGGACCUUAAACACAUGGAGAUAGAGGUCGUGCCUAAGUUAAAAAAGACAAUCGAAAAGGAAGUCAUCAUAGUUGAACAGCCAGAAGAAGAGGAAUCAGUUGAAGCGCCUUUCCAGGCUAUAGUCAAAGAAUCUGGUGAGGUGGCUUUGCUUCAAGAAAAGAGACCCGAAAAGCGGCCAGUAGCAGUAGAGCAGAAAGAACAAUACAAACAAGAAGUUACCGUUGUCUCUAUUGUAAAGCCAAAAGCAGAAGAAAAGCAUGAUAUCACUUGUAUGAGCGAAAGAUAUUUUGAGGUUGAUGUCAAGCAAACUUACAAAAGACCCAUUACUGUGGAGUGUGAUAGUAAACUGACGGAGGAAAAACAUGUUUCCAUUGUUGAGGCGGUCAAGAAACGAGAAGUGAAGGAGCAUAGGGAGUUUAUUCCUGAGGAUACGACGAAGGCCGAGAUAAAACUUAAAGAGAAGCCUCAACCGAAGGAAACGAAGCCGGAAAUAGUCGAGGAAAGAAUUAUAGAAGAAGACCGCCAUGUGAUCGAUGUUACCGUCACAAAAGAAGCCAAAAAAGGUGCUUCCGUAAUACUCGAGUCGAAGGAGAUUCCCGAGUUGGAAUGGGACAUCAGGCAGGUCAUCGAGAAAGAGGUGACUGUCGAGAGUACGGGGUACGAAACAGAGCUGAUCUCGAUUCCGUCUAAGCCGGCUGAGGUCACUAUUACAACGGAAAGCAUCGUCACGAAACCUGAAAAGGAGGAGAUUAUCGAGGAGAAAAUAGAGCUUAAGCAGCCCGAACGGCAGAGGCAAGCUGAGGAGGAGAAGCAGAUUACGAUUAUUCAGAAGGUUGAAGAGGAGAGAAAGCGGCAUGAUAUCAUCAUCCAGGCAAUAUCAGAGAAAGGUAUCACAGAGAUCCACCUACGCAAGGCACCCGAGCACGCCGAUGAAUUCACUGUCCCGAUUGAUGAUGAGUUCUGCAAAGAGUUUGAUAUUGCCCCCCAAAGGUCACACAAAUCUGACAUUUCGUUCAGUGACAUAACACCAAUGUACAUCACCACAGUUCAAGGGUUCGAAUCCGCUCAACCCAAGGAUUCUACGCAAGUAGAACCUAAAUCAGCUAAGCCGGGUCUUACGCCUUUGGCAUCCAUCUCCCUUAGCGAAACACUACUUCAUGAUACCACGAGUCCACUGCCUAAAGACAAAAUAUUCGAACUUGUCCCAGAUAAACAGAUAGACACAUUGCACACGUUAAUCGUCCAGGAAAAACAUUCUUUCGAGGAGACAUCCCCAUACAAUGCUGUAAUUCCCGAAGAAAGGCAGGCCCAGCUGGACGUUUUGUUGCAAACGCCACUGCACAUUGAGGACACCCUCACCAAUGAAAAGAUUACUGACACUACUAUUAAACUACCUGUAACUUCUCAGGCCCAGGUUGACUUACUUUCUCACAGGGCCUUGCAGGUAGUUAGAACACACUAUGACGAAAAAGAGCAAAGUAUUGAGCAAGUGCGUCCAGCUUCGAUACAGCUUCAAUCCAUUUCUAACCUCGACGUUAUGAUAACUCCGGAAAGCUCGGAGCUGCUACCAUUGCUUGGCCCUGACGAGAGGCCUUCACAGAUUGCUGAUUGUAGGCUUCUUCCGUUGAGUGCUCUUCACGUUGAAGAGGCAGUACCUCAUGAUCACGAAAACGUUUUCAUUAGCGAAGUAACUCAUUCCGAGAAAUCCACUAGCGAAAUCGUCGCGCAACAUGCGGUUAAUGUGGUACAGACGGAAUCAUCGAUGAAAGAAGGCGUCGUUGCUGAGCUGAAAAUGCACUCCGCAAGCGCUCGACCAUUACUCACCGAACUAUAUGAGACUAUCAUUGAAGAAGUUGUACCAGCUAACAAAGAAUCGGAGCUCAAAACCAUCGCGCCGAUCGAAUCUAUUACUACUUCCAACUUUGAUACUGUAAGUGCCCUGCAACAGCAGUAUAACACCGAGCUUGACUCUGAAAAGAUACUAGUAAGCGAGGAAGUCGUAGUGAAAACUGCAACUGGCAACUUCAUUGAAAUUACCAUUCCGGAGUUGAGUGAAACGGUCCUUUCCGAAUCUUUAGGCGAACAACCUGAUGAUAAAAAGAACUUCCAACAAGGUAAACUCAUACAAAAUCUGCAAACGGCGAUCAAUGUUAGUCAGCCUAUACAGGGUGAUACGGAAGCGCUUUACGUAACCCCUGCUAUGCCCGAGCAACAUUAUAUUACACCGGAGCUAAUACCACGAAUCGCACUGGAGGUCCAGGGGGUACAGACGACAGAACGAGAAGAGCUUAUUGAUGAAGUGUUUUUGCCGACCGUACAAAAAGCAGCUACUGAUGUGGCAUUCCAGGAAGCUGUCAGCGUUCUGGCAACACUUACAAGCGAAAAGGAGCUCAUACUUUCUAAGGACAAAUUGCCUAGAGGUCAAAAGGUGCAACAAAGAGAAAUCAUAGAAAAACGCAAGGCGGCCGUGGUGACAAUCGCUACAACUAACGAAAAAGAGCUCAAUAUAGAAGAUUUUGUUUAUGACACGCAUAAAGCACUUCCGGACGUUUUGGAACAGACCGCGCUAACGGUAAUGCACGUAUGCACAGAUGAAAAAGAAAAUCUGCACCUAUCCCAGUCACCUCAAGCAGACCGCGCGCAGUUUGAUUUUGUACCUGUUUCACCGUACGAAACAAGCGAAACUAUUGCGACAGAAACGGAAUCCGACUUUACUAGGGACAUUAUCAAAGCUAAAACUGCCAAAAACGAGUUCGAGCUUCACAAAACUGCGAUUCACGGUGAGCAAAUUGCCAUUGAUAAAGAAACGGACUUUGUUUUAUUGGAGUUGACAGGUAAGAAAGCUAAGCCUAAGUUGAGUCCCCUUGAACCUUUAGAUGUUGUGCAGACUAGGCCGCAGGAGAUCGUUGGCAAAUUCGACAUUCAACCACCAGAAAAUGUCCAUGCUGACAUUGAUUUCGCUGAGCGAAUCGCUCUGCAGACUAUACAGACCGUAAUUCAGGAUAGAGAGGGGACGCUUGAGGUAUUUAAGCCAAACGAGAUAAGCGCUAAAAAGGUGGGGCUGGAGCUCACUCCAGUUGAGGUUCUGGAAAGCUUAGGUUUUUGUCAGGCAAAAGAUUAUGUUCCAGAAAAGCCGUUAGAGCAAAAACCCAACGUUGAAUUGCUGGAAAAUCGUACGAUGUAUAUUGAGGAGAUCAUUUGCAUCGAAAGGGAGGAAGGUUGCGAACCUUUGAAGCCUGUGACACAGCAGAAAAAUUUCUCUAUUAUUGAGAGCAUGGCUACUGAGGUGACCCAAGUUCAGGCUGAUGACAAUAUUAAGCCCCGCAAAAAGGCCGAACUACCAGAAACUUCUAAGGUUGAAAUUCGUUUCUUGCCCAAUAUUUCCUCAGAGUCAUUUGAGACGAGUCAGUACGGGACUACCGGGACCUUGAAAGAUGUAACACUUGAUAAAUCUCAAGCUGAUUCCAUAUUCCAGCUCUCAGAAAGCGCAAUCUGUCAACAAGUUGAAAGUGCAAUAAAAGAGGAAUAUUUACCAAAAUUUAUUGUCCCCGAAGGCCAAAAUCUUUGUUUCACUAUCGAUAAUGAUCGCUCCAUUGAAAUACGUGAGAAUCAACCCCUUGACAACAUUAGCGAUUUCAUUAAAAAAGAUGUUGCAAGCCACCACGCUAGUGUCGAUAUUGAAAUUGCAAAGGCGCUUGAAUCGGAAAUAACGCGCAGCAAUGAGAAAGAGGAAAUUUUAGAACGGAAAAAAGCAAACGUGACUCGAAUCCGCCCUGCGUUAAUGCUUCAGGAGCCUUUGUUGGUGUCUGAGUACCACAUGGAUAAGGAAGGCAUCUUAGAGGGCUCGCCAAAGCCCGAGACACAGAACGUCACUGUACAACGCGUGGUAUCUGUGGCUCGCGGAGUUGCUGAAACGCUUUUAUUGGAAAGCGAGAGCGUAUCGAUUGUUGAAAAGGCUAACGAAAAAACGCUUGUCGGUGAGCUGAUCCUUGCUCAAGCGCUCUCAACUGAGGCAGUCCAGCCAACGGAAAGCGAAAUAGUUAUGUCGCACCCGGACCAGCCAGAGACACGAAGGGUAGAAAAGGAUUUCAUCCAUAAACAACCCAUAGUUGUUCAUGAAGUUACCACCAAUGAACUUGAAGGAGGCUUUGUUGUAUCAGAACAACUUACCAAUAAGGUGCAGCCGCAAAUUCUUCAACAAGGUGCAGUCGAAGUGCGUGAAACCAAAAGCCUUGAUAUGGAAGGCGCAUUGGACAUCGCAGAAAAAAUGCCGGAACUUCAGGCUCAGCCGCAACUCAGCGAGAUAUCAGCUGUUAAUGUUACCGUUCAGACAGCCCUACAGGGAGCACACACAUUCGACGUCGUUCCCCAGGACGCAAGUUCGGCAGUAAUCGCUCCUGUGGAGGGCCAGCGUGUCGCACAGAUUCACAUACAGUCCUCAUGUGAGUUGGAGUCGGGUCUUGAGGAAUUCGUAAUACCCGAAACCCAUAAGGUGACAACAGCUCCUCUAGAUGUACUUCGAGUAGGCCAAGUUGAACAGGUUCAGUCAUUCCUCAAAGAGGAUAUAUUUGAUAAGUUGAAAGCGGACGAGAAAAAGACCAAAAUUGAACUGCUUCUCAAAGAGGCAUUGAACGUUGACGUUGUCCAGUUUAUGGACAAAGAGGAGAGCUUCAAAAAGAUCCUCGAACACAAGUCUGCUAAGGAAGUCCAAGGUGUGCUGGAAGCAAUGGAGGUCUAUGCUAUUGUUCAAGGGAAUAAGGAAGGUGUCCUUGAAAUUCCAGUCAAACCCGAUAGGCAUAAUAUACAACAACGCGGCGUUAUUAAAGUGUACCAUACGUCUGAACAAUUUGCUGUCCAGCCGAACGAGGCCGAAGCCAAGUUCGCUGUUGCAAAACCUCAAACUAAGGGAACUGAAGUGUCAUUCGACUUCCUUGAGCCCACAACGAUUUCCGAGCAGAUUUUGAUAGAAACUGAAGUUGUUCUACCGGCUGACGUAUUUCCCUCUGUUUUAAAUGCUGUUCCUGAAAUAAAUCCACUUUUCUCGGUAAAUGUCCAGUCCUUGCUCGUUGCGGAAAAAGAAAACACACUUUCUCUAACAAAGGCUAUUGACAAGACCGCUAGCGUAGACCUCAUUCGUGAACAUGCACUUGAAGUUGAAUUUGUCGCACCGGAUCACAGCACUCGAUCCUUCGAUGUAGUUGACGCAGUGACUGGCAACGCUACGGCAGAUCUAAUACCACAGUCUGCUUUGGAGAUCAAUUCCACGCAGUCCGCGUCUAAGGAAGGUUUGUUUACAGAAAAACCGGUAUUAGCAGCCAAUAUCGCUCCAUACUUAUCGGGAUCGCUAUCAGGAUUGACUGUUAUGCAGACAACAGCUGAUGAUCAGCUAGGGACAGUUGAGGAAUUUGCGCCAGCAGAAACCACGGGACAUAGAUUAAUAGAUAAACAAACACCUGUUACAGUAAGAGACCUCCAGUCCGGUGAAGUGGCUCGCGUAGAGGCCUUCGAGCUUAAAUAUAUCACAAACAAUGCUGAAAGCAAUCUUCAAACUUCAAGCGAGAUAGCUAUUGUCGAGAAUGUCCUCGCUGAUAAGGAGGAUUCACUUAAAGACUUUGUUCAGCGAGACACAUCUAUUUCAGCUGUAACUAUAGAAAAGACAGAAGCUCUCGGUGUGACGAUCAUUCAGACCGCUGAAUUGGAAUGCACAAGGGCAGCUGACAUACAACCAAUCACUCUGCAAGCUUCAUCUGAUUUUUUGCCACAAAUUGGCCUGGGUGUUGCACAAACAGUGCACAGUGUUGAUACUGAAGACCUGAAAAUUGAACAACCUGAACAGGCUAAGCCAGUAGGUUCUUUUACAAGCAAACAUCCGAUUCAGAUCACUGAGGUUGUUGCUGCUGAUUCCAAGGACAAUUUACAGCCCGUUGCCAAGAAGCCAGCUGUACAGGCCAAAGGUUCGAUACCAUUCAGUGAAAGCAUUGAAGUAAGCACCUGUCAAUUAGUCCAUUCGACUGGAGAUAUGGUAGUUUCAAAAGUGAUCACAGACACCGUCCGACAAGAUCUACUUCCACAAAAUGCAAUCAAUAUAGACAGCAUCAUUCUAAGUGAAAGGCCAGUAGAUUUUCUGGAAAAAGCAGUUGUUACAAAAACGUGCUUGGAAGGCACCAGCGAAGUUAAAAAGCAUGCCUUCCAUAUUCAAGAAACUAUUUUGCAGGAUAGUAAGGCUGAUUUCGAAGUUACAGUGCCUUCUAAGGCGCAUGCAGAGCAAGAUCUUCUUCUAUUAGAAAGCUAUCAAACGUCCGAGGUAACAGAGGCACAAAAGGAAGGUGACUUCCAAGCAAUUGUACCGUCAGAGCGCAAAUCCAAAAUUGUUAUUCCUACAAAGGAACAUAUGACAGUGGCACAAACAAUCGAGCACGAUAACACCAAAAUCCUUGAACAAGUAAAGCCGUACACUAGCGCAGCAGACGUUUUGGUUGAAGAAUCCAUCGGCCUUGACAUUAAAGAGGUAAUCCCCGGUGAAGGUGAGUUUAUCCUUGACACCCAAAUAUACCCACAAAUGCAGCACGCACAAAAAACAUUCUGUCAGCUUGCGCACCUUAAUGUCAAUCAAGUAAUUGCCGGCACUGAGUGCAGUGAUUUGCAGAUCCUUGAUUUGCCUGCUGGCAAAAAGGCACAGCUGGGUUUUGUGGAGCACGAAACGCUCGCACGUGAGGAGGUGGUGCCGGCUGACAAGCCUGGGCAUUUUAAAUCUGAACAGGUAGCACACAACACGGCCAAUAUCAAUCUAAUCGCAAAAAGACAACUCGUCAUUGGACAGACAGUAACAUCAGAGGCGGAGGGUAGCCUUAUGCCUGUGCAACUGCCCGAGACUAAGACCGUAAACUUCUGUGUGGUGCUCCAGAGCGGCCUGACUGCUGAGACUGUGAUGCCCUCAGAACGCGAAGAACAACUGACCGCGUACUGCGAACCCGUUACGAAAAAUGCUUUAGUUGAUCUUUCUGUGCAUGACCAUUCUGUCAGUGUGUGCAUGACCUCCACAGCAAGUAAGGAGGAAUCGUUUGCGGUCGACGCGGCGCCAGAGAGCACGGCCGACGUCGGACUGGUUCCCCAGGUGGCCGUCAACGCAUUUGAGGUCACACCCCAAACCCGCGAGGGCGAGGUAGAGACAGCUUGUUGGGAUAAGGGUCGGGCGCGCACUAUGCUUGACGUGCUCGAACCCUUCACGACCACAGAUACAGUGGUGAUCGAGACGGAAGGCGCGUUUGCACCUUGCCAGUUGCCUGACGCACAACACGGCGUAGCCGAGCUGUCUCUGCCGAGCUAUCGGUCCCUCAACGUUCAACAGGUGACGCAUGCGUACGUCCUCGGCGACGUUGUUUUGAAACGCAUAGAAGAAUGCACGACCUCACUCGGUAUCCUGCCUAAUCAGCCCCUAACAAUUACAGAGAUGGAGGGUCAAGACCAGUUACGGGAGCUAAUCCAGGAUCAGCCGGUGAGCAAGCGAGCUAACCUCUCUGUCAUCGAGACUCAACACAUCGGCGUCCGCGCUGAUACAGUUGUUCACACGACCGGAGAGUUCGUUUCGAGUAUUCUACCGGAGCAACACCAGGCGCGACCUGAGCUGUUGGCCCAAAACACGAUCGCCAUCGAACAGGUAUCGAUAGCUGAAUAUGAAGGCCGUUUUAGCCCUGACAAGCCGCUUUUACAGUCCGCCACCACAGACCUAACGAGGCAUCACGCUGUCGCAGUGUCAGAGAUGACGCCCGUACAGAAGGAAGAAAGCUUCACGUCAGAGGAGCUUCCGUCAGGUCGCUCAGUUGAGGUCACUAUACCUGAGUAUAGCGCUAUCAAUGUGACCGCGACGGAAACCACUGAAGUUCCCGAGGAAGGAGUUACACCCCUAUAUAUGAAACCAGAGAAUGCUAAAAUUGCCCUUAUUCAUCAGGAGACAGCUCAGACCAUUAUCCCUGUCGUUCACGAAAAAGAGCUUGAGUUCGCCAAAAAAGAGAUGCCGUUUGAACGUAAUGUGCAACCGACCGUCCAGACCAAGCAGGCACUCGAAGUGCUUGAGGUUGGAUCUCUUCAGAAGUCUGAGAUUCUUCGCACGCUUCCUGUGCCUAAAGCCAGUGUUGCUGAAACUGAAAUAAUCGCUAGCACAACUGUAGCCGUUACAGAUACGGAAGCGAUUAACACAGUGGGUACCCAUGAACUUUGUCGUUUACCACGUGGGGAGACCGCUGACAUGAGUAUCCCGUGUGCUGAAGCUGUCUCAGUGAUUUCUGUCGAAUCCAGCCAAAAAGAAAAUGUCUUUAUUUCUCCAAAGUUCCCAGCCACCAUCGAGGCUAAGUUUAGUGUCCCAACUCGAGAUCACGUGUUUGUGCGAAGUAUCGAAUCUGCAAAUAAGGAAGCGCCGCUUGAUACAUGGGAGAUGCCAAUGACCUUUGAGGCAAAUACUUCCAUGCCUGUAAAUACAGCCGUUUUAGUACAGCACACUGCCUCUCAUCAUAAAGAAGGUGAAAUGAAAGAUUUUAAGAGGCCAGCAGAGCAGCGCCUCGAAACUGAACUAGUUAUGCAGGCUCCACUUGAAAUACAGGCCGUUAUAUCCGCAAAUCGUGAAGAUAAGCUUGAACCUGAUGAGGCGCCCAUAGAAUUUACCGCUGACAUCGCAAUGAAAUUGUCCGCCCCGCUUCACAUAAUUGAAACAACUUCACAGGACAAAGAAAAAGAAUUCGCCCGAGAAGAGCCAUAUUUUGCCACCGCGAAACGCGAUAUCUCGCUUUCAGCCAACAUUAUGGUUCAGCAAAUUGUCCCCGAGGAACGCGAAGGUGGAUCACCCGAAACGCUAGUGAUACGCCCACAAGAGGCGGAUACCUCGUUCUCUACACAAGAGUCACUGCAGGUGACCCAACAGACGUUGCCCAUAGCCGAGGAAGAACUUCGGCCUAGUCAACUACCUGAAGGCCAGAAAGCUCAGCAAGACCUACUACUCCAUAAAGAAGUCAACGUACACGCUGUACAGGCCAACAUAAAGGAGAUCGCUAUGGCGCCAUUUAAAACACCAGAUACUGUCCAUUUAGAUUUUACUAUUCCGUUGCAUGAGCACACUACAGUUCAACUUGCCACAUCCACAUUUUCUGAGGGAAAAUUCGUUCCUAAAGCAUUGCCCGCUACGGAAGCUGUUAUUUCUCGAAUGACCACAACACAGCAUGUAACCGUGAGCGAAACAGUACCAGCCCAACUUGAGAGUGAUUUGAUGCCUGAUAAGGCACCAAUCAGCCUAAGUGCCGACGUUAAGUUCUUGGCUCAGAAACACCGCAUUCAAUCCGAGAUUAUCAGCUGUGCCACGUCCGAGGAUUUCACAGUCUCUCCCGAAAAAACGUCAACUGCUGGAUUUUCUGUGCCCACUGAUGAACAUAUCGUUAUCCAGCACUCUGCUACUCUUCAGAAAGAAACCGAGUUGCUCGAGGAGAAGCCCAGAACGUUCCAGCUUACCGAAUUUAGCGUUCCGGAACAGCAAGCUAUUAUUUCAGAGGAGGUCAUUCCUGCAAAUAAAGAGGCACUUUUUUCAGAAGACAAAGUGCAGAAGAGACGAGCCGCGGACUUUUCAAUUCCAUUUGAAGAGAGCAUAAUUGCUACACAAAUAGUUUUGGCUUCUAAAGAGCAGGACUUGCCUGAAGAUGUCAAACCUUUCAAAGAUACAGCUUUAGUUAAAAUACCAUUUGACGAGCAAACUUUCAUUGUUGAAACCAUCGAAACUGUUGCUCAGGAUAAGGAGGGUGAAUUCGCUAGCCCUAAACCUCCAAAACAAGGUGUUGCCGAUCUAAGUAUGAUCUCUCAAGAGCACAUUGGCGUCCAAGAUGUAACAAGCGCAUUGAAGGAAGAAGAACUGGUGCCUGCGAAGAUACCGGAAGGCAUACAGACGAAUUUCACCAUUCCGCUCAAAGACCAUGUUUCCGUUACAGAAAUUGUGUGCAAUACUCAAGAAGAGGAAGUUGAUUUCAAGCCAACAUUUAGAACUGCAUCUGCUUCGCUUGGUUUCACUACAGAAAAGCACAUAAUCGUAGAAGAGUCGAUAGAAAAUCUUAAAGAGAGCGAAUACACGCCGGAUAAGCUAGCCCCUACCACAGAAGCCGCUGUAGAGUUUGAAAGGAAAGACCACAUCUGCAUUCAGGAAACUACGAUUUUGGCUGAAACCGAACAGUUCGAGGGAACGCCUACUAAACGCAAUCAAGCUGCAUUCAGCGUAUCCAGCCAAGAGACGGUUCAAGUGGCUGAGGUCAUCACAGAAGAUAAAGAGGGCGAAUACGUCCCUGAAGGAUUACCAGAGAGUCGACAGGCAGGAUUCAAUCUCACAACUCAGGAAACCUUUGCUGUCGGCGAAAUUACUGCGCAAGAGAACGUUCCUGAAGGUCUUGAGUUGAAGGAACCCAUCAGCAAGACAGCAAAAGUCUGGUAUGACGCCCUAAGUUACAUCACAGUUGAGGAAACGCAGCCGACUGACAUAGAGGACGUCUUUUAUGAUGCUGAGGCUCCAACAGAUACCGCCCACAUUAGUAUCGAUUCGAAGAAGCAUAUCGUCAUUCAACAAACUAUCUCUGAAGACAAAGAAGGCGGUUUUUACCCAGAACAACGUAAAGCUAACACUGCCUCCGUUGUAAUUGGCAGCUUCCAGCCUGUUAUAGUACAGAAGGUGACCACUACCCAAGAAACUGAAAAGCUUACCCCCUUAAAACUGCCCAAAGGAAAAAAUAUCGAAAGUGCUAUCAUUAUGCAAGAACACUUGUCGAAGCAAGAGGUGGAAACGGCUCAGAAGGAAUCCGAAUUCAUUCCCAAAGCCCUGCCUGAUUCAGAUAAAGCUGACUUUAGUGUGGCAACAGCUAAACAUAUCUCUGUAUCAGAGACAGUACAUAACGUGGCAGAAAUCGAACUUCCCGCUGAUGUAAAACCUCUAAAAGGUAUAGCUAAGGUUGAUCUUGAAUCUCAGGAGGUCGGAAUCAUUGAGGAGACUGUCUUCAUUAUUAAGGAGGAGGAAUUUGAAAGUACUCCAACACCAAAAAUGUACACUGCGGAUUCUAGUGUGCCUUCAUCUGAGCAUGUGAUCGUUCAAUCUGUCACUGCCCACAAUAAAGAAGAGACGUUGGCUAGCUUCAGAGCUCCUGACAGUAUUCCAACUGACUUCUCAAUUACGGCUGCCGAGCACAUUGUCUCACAAGAGGUUUUGUUUUCUCUUAAAGAAGACGAAUUACAACCAGAUAAGAAACCACAGGAAAAUGUAGCAAAUAUGAGCGUUACCUCUGACAUCCCAAUUCAAGUUGUAUCCACAAUGUUGCAGGAUAAGGAGUGUGAAUACACCCCUGGUAAGCUUCCAGAGGGCUUCCAACCCGACGUUGACCUUAUCUUUUCGGAUUACGUUUUUCAAUCUGUCGUUGUUCCUGAAGACCGCGAGCAUACUUUGGAAGAUGCUCCAAAGCCAAAAACGGGUAGUGCUUCCUUUAGCGUCGUUUCAAUCGAGGCUCUUUUGCAGCAACAAACUGAAGCAACCCUUAAGGAAGGUCUUCUUAGAGAUUUCCAGGUCCCGGAAGGCGUCACUACUGAGUAUGAGAUCAUUCCAGUUCAACACACCAAAAAAGCACAGGUAGUCUACGGAGAGAAAGAGGAUGAGCUUCCUGAACAGAAGCUGCCUACCUUUAAGCAGACGCGCCAAUCGUUCGUUACAUCCGAACAUGUUGCUAUUACGGAAACUGAAGUUGACGAACGCGAAUCGAACCUGCAGCCUGAGAAACCAGCGACUCUUUCCAAAACUAGCUUUACCAUCGAAACAGGCGAAACUUACUCAGUUGAACAGGUACAGCCUGAGUAUCGCGAGGAAUCGUUCGAAGGUAAAUAUGAACCUAAGGCGGCUACGGCCUGCGUUAAUAUCACGCACGAGAAGCAUGUCCAGGUGACUGAGGUAACUGGUGAGAAUAAGGAAGACGAAUUCGUAGCCCCCAAACAACCAAAAUCUGCUAACCCAGCAGUAUCGUUUGACACUCGCGAGCAUAUUAUGGUUCAGGAAGCUAUGACUUCGUUCGAAACAGAAAAAUUGCCUCUUUUUGUCAUGCAAACAAGUGAAAUAGAUGUUAAACUAACCGAAAGCCACCACGUCCUCGUACAUCAAACUAUUACUGAGGUGACAACAAAGGAUCUCGAAGAGAAGAAGCCAGUAAGUGAUAAAGCUACCGAUCAUAUCGAAAUUGCCCAACCAAUCGAGAUUAUUGAGCUCGUUACUGAUUACGGAGUAAAACAGCUUCCGGAAAUGGAGAUCAUCGAAGCGACGGCAAGGACAAAAGAACAAAAGAGCACGAAGGGUGUGACGGUUACUAUCGAAGAAGAGGAUGUACCGGAAGAAUCAUCGGGAGUAACAAUAAAGAAAACAGUUAAGAGAAAAAAAUCAGUCAGAUUUGCUGAAGCCGGAGAUGAACAGGUGGAACAAAUAACCGAGGUGCUUCAUACAUUUAGGCGGGACGAACAGAAGGUUGGUCCUGUCAUUGAAGAAGUGUCAGAAGAGUUCGCGGCAGGACCGCAACCUACUCCCAUCGUCGAAGAGGCUGAAGAAGAAACGCCGCUCGACAGUAAGACCAAGGCAACUAUCGCCGUUGAAGAAGUAAUUGGAGAAAUUACGCCAGUUGAGCAUACGUAUAGGAUUACAGAACCAGAUGAGCAGGAGGAGGUUCAGAUAUCCGUUACCGUUAAGAAGGAUAAAAAGAAAACUCCAAUUACUGUGGAAUCUGAAGGUGCGCCCGAGAUGACUAUAACCGAAAAGAUCGACCAGCCUGUUCAGAUUCUCGAGGAAAUCGUUCAUUCCGAAGAAAUUACUCCAGAAACGGUAAUAGUUGCUACCAAAAGUGCGGUCAAGAAAGAAAGUCGCCAUAUUACGCUCGAAUCUCAAACUGUUGAGCUCGAUCUUGCCCAAGAAACCCAUCAGGAGUUUGCUGUUCUGUCAGAAGAAAUGGCUGAAAUGUACACAUCGCAAGAGGUAACAGUGAGUCGCAAAAUAAAGAGCACCAAAGUUCAGCCGGAGGAGCCCCACGCAGAGACCCAAACUGACAUCCUGUUAAAGCCAAAGCCUAAACCAAAAGAACAGAUGCCUACGGACAAAAAAGGAGAUGAACAGAAAGAAGAAACCGCUAUGAUCGUGUCAGUCAAAAAGGAACCAGAAGAAGAAAAGCCGAUUGAAAUCGAAUCAGUCGUCAGUGACUUUACCAUUGCUCAAGAAGUUAAGCGCGAAGUUACCACCGAAACGAUCACCACAUCUGACGAGAGACCUGCUAAGUUUACAAUAUUAACAAAAACUAAACCGAAGAAAGAAUUAACACCUAAACAAGAGGAGCUAACAGGUCAAAUAACACUAAAACCGAAAGCAAAAGAGAUAUCGCUGCCUAAAGAAGACGACACAGAAAUCAAGGAACCUCAAUUAACCGUAGAAAUACUAGAUAGGAAAAAGUCUGACCAGGAAGUUCUGCCGGUUAAAGUAGAAUCAGUUGAAGCCGAGUUCGAUGUUACCCAGUUUAAGGUGCAGCAAAUCGAAGAAACCUCGGGUGUAUACCGCGAAACGACCAUCGAAGUCGCAAGUGAAGGUGAGGAUCGCCCACACGAUUUCCGUGAAUAUAGUACACAAAAACUGCAUGAGAUUGAAGUUACGCAAGAGGAAUUUUCGACAACCAAACCGCUAGAGGACGAAACAGAGGAGGCGAAAAUAACGUUCAAGAAAAAGAAGUCCAUUCCAAAGAUUCCCGAAGGAGAUAAAGCAACGAAAGAUGAUCGAAAAGAAGAUACCACCGCUCAAAUUUUGGCGAAGAAAAAGCCAAAGGAUAAGCAUCCCAUCGAAUUGGAUUCUCAGUCUGUUGAGGUUACAGUAAUUCAAGAGAAGCCGAAGACUACUGAGAUCGUAUCAGUCGAUAAGCUCAAAAGAGAGCUAGAAGAUGAUAAAGCAGUUGAAAGUAUUAGCCUCAAGCCCAAAAAGAAGGAUUCGCUUAAACCUAGUGAGGACAUCCGAUCUGAAGAAGCGCCAUCGGUUGACGUUGCUAUUCAGAGGAAGAAAGAUGAGACUCGACCUAUUGCUGUAGACUCAGAAGGAACGUCCCUAGAAAUAACGCAAAAGAUUGAAAAGACGCUUACAGUAGAAUCGUGGGAAACUGCACAGAGCGUAGAAGAAGCACCGUGCACUUACAAGGAAUUCUCAGUUGAGAGUGUCUAUGAAGUGCCAGGCAAACCUUCGGAGCUAGCAACGGUAAUCUCAAUUGAGAAACCGGGAGAAAUGGAACAGAGACCUCAAAAAGCCGUGUUGACUAUUAAAAAAGAAACUACUCCAAAGGAAAAAGACGUAGAAAUCAAGAAGACUACUGAUGGCGUAAGUAUCCGCAAGAAGAGCGAGGAUGAACCGAUUGUAGAAAGCGAAGCCCUUUCGACUGAUAUCACUGUCACUCAGGAUACACCUCAGUCUGUAGUGGUCGAUAAGGAGGUGCUUAAGAAGGAGAUGCCGACGGAUAAGGUUGAGGAACAAACUACCAAGAUAAAACUACGCCCUAAGAAAAGGCCCUCCAUUUCGGCUGACGUUCCUACGAAGGAAGAGGAGGAGAGUGUUGAGUUUGUCAUUCGAAAACCAAGUAUCAAGCCUGAGGUCCAGAAAGGAAUAGAGGCAACUUUAACACAGACUCAAGAGAUAAAAACUCUCGAUGUCGAGGCCUCGAAGGAGAUCGCUAUCAGAGAAGAAGUACCAACUGUGGAUGAAGAAAAACCCUUAGAAGCCACUCUGAAGCUACAGAAAAAGAAAUCAAUUUUGGAAGAAACGCCAAAGCAGGAAGAGUUCACCUCGGAAGCUAUUGACAUUGAAGUCACUCUAGAGUCGGUUCCUGAGCCUGCUCCUACCGAAUAUGAGGAUACUAGUGAACUAAUAGUCCGAAAGCCUGAUGAAAAACCUAAGCCACGUGAGCCGAAAAUCAUUCAUAAAGCCCCUGAGAAGGAAGUUGUACCUAAAGUCCGAAGACAGCCUGACGUCAUUCGUGAAGAAGACUCAUACGAAAGUGAGGGUGACGAGCAUGGUAGCGAGCCGGAGGAAGCCGGUGAAGACUUUGUGAUAGAUGAAACUUGCACGGUACCGAUUCGCAAGUCUGGAAGAAAGAAGAAGGCCCCCGAAGAAGCACCAGAAGAGGCAACUGAGCUUGUCAUAGACGACUCCAAACUCGGCUCCGAUGCUGAUGUUGUCAGCUUGCAGCUAAGCGUUCAGAAACCCGGCGUUGAGGAGGUACAGGCGCUUGAAGUAGUUAUGAAGAAGCCCGCCGACAAAAAGGUUGAAGAACAAACGGAGGCCACUAUCCAAAAGCGAAGGCCCACGCUGAAGGUCCAAAAGGAAGAGGAAGCUAAGGAACCUGUAACUGUGAAGCUUGAGCAAAAGGAGAGUCAGCCAUCAGUGGAAGAGACUUUUGAUGAAGCGGUCGUACAAAUUCCAACUGAGGCUCAGCCGGAGGAAAAAACCGACAAAGCAGCUGAAGAAAUUACCAUUGAGCAACCGACCGUAAUGGAAUUGGAGCCACAAACGGUGACGAUUAGAAGGAAAUCAAUAGUGUCUGAAAAAGAUAAAAAACCAGAAAAGGAACAGGAGGCCGCAUUUAAAGUCAAAGCUAAGCCAAAGGAAAAACCUGAAGAGAUAGAAACGGCUGAAGCAGUAACGGUAAUAUUUAAAAAGGAAGUUAAACCAGCAGAAGAGGUUUCUAGCGAAGAAAUUAUCUUGAAACCUGAGAAGAAAUCAAAGAUUGUAGAGGAAGUUGCAGCUGAAGAAAUCACAAUUAAGAAGGCCACCGUUAUCGAAGAAGAGCCCCAGAAAGUUACGUUGAAGAGGCGAAAGUCCUCUGCCAAGCCACUGCCCGAAGAACCUGAAAAAGAAAUUGAAGCCGUUUUUAAAAUAAAACAAAAACCAGACGAGAAGGUAAAAGUUCCAAAAAAAGUAACCGACGAAGUCAGUGUCACUUUGCAAAAGAAGCCAGAGGUCAAGCCUACCGAUGAAACUAUUGAAGAAAAGGUGAUCAUUAGACCUGAGGAAAAGAAGGAAAUUGUUGAAGAGGCAGAUAAAAUUACAAUAAAGAAGCCCGUUGUUGUUGAAGAAGAGCCACAGAAGGUAACUUUGAAGAGACGCAUAUCGUCUGCCAAACCGCAACCGGUAGAAGAGAUUAGCUUGCGCAAACCUAGCGUCAAGGAAGAGCCAGAAGAGACAGAAACGACUAUUUCAUUACCACAUAAACCUGUCCCCACGACAGAGGAGGCCGUCAGCGAGGAUAUUACAUUCGAAGUCAAACAAGAAAAACCCGAACCAGUGGUCACAGAGGACACUGCCGCAGAAAUGACCAUUAAGGAGCAUGUCCUUCAAAUUAACGACGAAGUUGUUAUCCGAGAAGUUGAAGGCGAAGUCACUAUAAAGCAACUUGUGGUUGAAGAGAAGGCGGCUGAGGAAAGGGUCAUCUUAAAGAAAAAACGAAGGUCAGUGACUUUUGCUGAGAUGGAAGAGAAGCCGCAAGACUCGGAGGCCGUAUUUAAACUUCCGACGAAACCAAUUGAAAAAAUGCCGGAAGAGGAAACUGAAAAAGUACAGAUUCAGCUCAAACCUAAAGAAGAAAGGCCGAAGCCUGUAGAAGAGGUGGCUGAAGACAUCACUAUUCAAAAACCUGUUGAAAAGGCUCCUGAACUGAAAGAAGAGGUCGAAAGCGUGCAACUAACAAUUAAAAAGAAGGUUCUACACGAAGAAGAAGAGGAAAAGGUAUCAAUCAAGAAGAAGAGGAAACCUUCGAUUACCGUCGAAAGAGAAACGGGUACUAAAGCUUCCUUUGAACUUCUCACAAAGACGGAGGAUCACAAAGUGCCCGAAGAUACUGAGGGCAGUUUCGAGAUCACUGUGCCGUCGAAGAAGCCAAUCAAACCCGAAGAUGUCCCUGCGGAGCCAGCGAGCGCUGAUGUAACCAUUGAACGAAAGCCUGAGAAGAAGCCUGUGGUAGAAGAGGCAGCUGAUCAAAUCACUAUCAAGAAAAAGGUCGCGGUUGAAGAAGAGGAACAAAAAGUGUCGCUCAAAAGGAAGAAAUCCGUUACAGGUGAUAUAAAGGCUGAAUUCAAGAUUGAAAAGAAAUUUGAAGAAGAACCGCAGCCCGAGGACACAAAGACGUCAGUGGAUGUUAUAGUCAAAUCUACAGUAGAUUCCGUAGAUGCCUCAUUCCAGGUUGUGGAGACAAGCCAGCACGAAGCCAUCGAAAUGACUUUCGAAGUCACCCAGGUGGAAGAUAAGCGUCCUCGGCAUUUGGAAGAGGCAUCAGACGAAACUAAGGUCAUAAUCAAGGAUAUCAAAGAAGCGACAACAGAAGAGGAAUCAGAAAAGGUCACUGAACAGUUCCUAUUCAUUGCGACAACCACGUAUAUCUCAGAAUCUACCGAUGAGCUCACAAUUGUUGAAGGCGAAAAAGUUCGCGUUAUUGAGAAGACUUCGCAAGAUCAUUGGCUAGUCAAAAAGGUUCUCACGAAGGAGUCGGGCCUUGUUCCACCGGACAUACUCAAAGAAGCCGAAGAAUACACGCAAUAUCUGAAAGAGGUACUUGGGGAGAAAAUUCUACGUCUUCCAACAUUUGGACGCGUUCGUCCCGGUGAUGAGCCAACUGCCCCACGCUUCGUACGUCCUCUACAACCAAUUGCAGUGGUUGAUGGACAACCAGUUCAUAUGGUCGCCCAGGUGAGCGGCAAUCCUCGUCCCACGAUCACGUGGUUUAAACAGACGCAAAUUCUCAAGAGUACAGAAGAGUUCACCAUAUUCUACGAUGAAGAAAAUGUGACAACUUUGUACAUACGGGAAUCGUUUCCGGAGGACUCAGGCACCUAUACGGUAGUAGCUAAAAAUAUUGCUGGCUUUGCCUCAUGCUCGGCCGAACUGACCGUCGAGGAACCAUUCUCUGAUCAUGGAACGGAUUCGGCACCGACAUCACGCUUUACGUUGUCGCGUACACCGUCUCUGGUGUCUAUGUACGAUGCGAUUCCGCCCGUCUUCGGACGGCUUCCAGAGAAUCGUGUCGUUGAGGAAGGCGAUGAACUUACAAUUGUCUGUGUACUGUCUGCUGCACCUGAGCCUCACGUGACGCUGUGUCGCAAUGGCCAACCGGUGCGGCCGGAUCACCGGAUCACACAAGAAAUGACGCAAAAUAAUGACAUGUUUUGUGUUACUAUUAGGUUUAAACAAACUGUCGUUGAUGACAGCGACAGCUACGACCUAGUUGCGCAGAACUCCGAGGGAGCCGCCCACGCCAAGUUCACUUUGACCAUUACCGAAAAACCGAAAGAUGUUGACGAGCAACCCAAUUUCACUCAGACAUUCCCUGAUCAGGUCAUUUCAGAAGGAGACACACUGCGUCUUGUCGUUAAAAUAACCGGAAAACCAAAACCGAUAGUUACCUGGUACUGUGACAAAACCAUUAUUAAGGAGACACGCACCACCAAAAUCACUGAAGAGAAUGGAGUCUUCAUCCUCGAAACCAAUAAAACUACAUCGAAACAGAGUGGCGUCUAUAAGGUCGUGGCUAAGAACAAACACGGCGAAACAUCGACGUCGGCCAAAAUAACUAUUCAAAAACGCGAAGUGAAAUUCGUUGAGAAGAUCUCAGACGUUGAGGUGAAAGAAGACACAGUGGCAAUGUUCGUCUGCCGAAUCAGCCAUGAAGAUGCCGAAGUAACGUGGCAUAAGGACGGAGAGAAGAUUGUAGAAUCUGAAAAGUACACGUUCAUUCGGGAGAGUACCUAUCGCAAGCUGGUCAUCAACGACACAAACAUACGCGACGACGGCGAAUACACGGUCGUUCUUGGGGAGCACGAAUGUUCCGCGGAUCUUGUCGUUACAGAGUUACCGCCGCGUAUCGUGUCCAAGAUGGCCAACAUGACCGUGGCUAGAGGUGAAGAAGCGUGGUUCCAAGUAGAACUUACCAAAGGUGACGCCUGGGUGCGUUGGUAUAAAAGCGGUAAAGAGAUCAGGUUUACUGAAGACGUAUCAGUCAUUAUUGAUGGCAAACGACAGCGCCUCGUCAUUAAGAAAGCUGAAUACGAAGAUGCUGGAAUCUAUGCUUGCGCUGUUGGAGAUCAGACUUGCAAAGCGCGGCUCAAGGUUGAACCGCCAUCUGUCGAAUUCCUUGCGCGCCUUCCCGAGACGACGUUUGUUCACGAGGACACCGACGCUGAGUUCACCGUUUCGUUGUCAUCGCCUGACGUUGACGUUAUAUGGAUGCGAAAUGGCGUACCGAUUCCCGAGGACGAAAGAUUCCGUUUCAUCCGUGAAGUGCGUGAAGGCGAACAUGUUCGAAAGCUUGUCGUAGCUCACGUGGACCGUGAUGACAUUGCUGAGUAUACUUGUGUAGCUGGCAAUGUACGCACAACAACCAAAUUACAGGUGGAAGAUACUGAGACUGAAUUUACCCUUAAACUCCGUGACCUUGUCGUGCGCGAAAGCGACACAGUCUCUCUACUUGUCGAGGUGAAUCGCGAGACGAUGGAAGUGCACUGGAAAAAAGAUGGCGAAGAAGUCGAGCCGUCGGAUAAGAUGAUCAUUACCACUGAGGGCAAAAAUCGCAAGCUAAUUAUUAAAGAUGCCGCGGCUUCAGACCAAGGCGUGUACUCAUGUGUCAUAAAAGAUAAGAAGUGCUCGUCAACCGUGAAGGUUGAAUGUCCACCGAAAGUUCGCACAGAACAACGCGUAUUUACAGCUCGGCGAGGUGAUCAACUCGAGCUAGUUGUUCCCUAUACUGCCAUUCCUGAACCCGAUAUCCUCUGGACCCAAAAUGGCAAACUGCUUAUUAGCUCAUCAACUGUCAAAAUCCAGAACGACACCCAGACGACUACGCUCAUCUUCCCUAAGAUGGACCCAGCUCAAGUUGGCACAUACCACUUGCGUCUAAAGAAUAAAUGGGGCGAAUGCAGUCAAGACUUUGUGGUAGUGAUGCUGGACCGACCCGAACCGCCUCGCGAGCUGAAAACUUCGGAAGUAGGUUCCGAUUCAGUGACACUUAGUUGGAAGCCCCCUGAUCACGACGGAGGCGCACCGAUCACGAACUAUCAGGUUGAGUACCACGACCGCAACACCUCCAAAUGGAUCGUGUACAAAACACGCAAACCCAUUACUGAGACGUUCGUUCGUGUGCAAAGCCUCAACGAGGCACACGAUUACACAUUCCGUGUCAGCGCUGAAAACGACGUUGGUCGAAGCGAGCCGUCCCAAAAUAGCGAAUACGUCGAAACGCGAGACCGUACCGGCGAUGCCCCUGCCAUCUUAGAGCAUCUACCCGACGAAACUCACGCUCGACGUAAUGAAGUUGCUGUGUUAGUGUGCCGAAUCGGAGGCCAACCCCAACCCGAAAUUGUUUGGUUGAAAGACGGCGCCGACUUGAAAUUGUCACGCCGCAUGAAAGCCUGUUUUGAUGACCAUGUGGCUUUGCUGACCAUUACCGAUAUCACGGAAGACGAUGCAGGCCUAUACUCCUGUCAUGCUACCAACCAGUUUGGGAAGGCUUCGACCGUCGGGUGCCUUGCCAUCAAAGAGCUCCCGUAUGCUGAAUUUGACAAUAAGAUGAAGUCUGUCCGCAUUCAAAAGACGAAAGAAUACCUACUUACAGUCAAGACCUUCGGCUAUCCUCCUCCGGAAAUCACCUGGCAGAAAAAUGGCUUCCUACUGAAGGCAAGCCAAAAGGUUCUAAUCUCGACUACCGAAAAGUCCUCUACGCUCAUUGUGAAAAAUGUAGACGCCGAUGACAGUGCCGUGUACAUGCUAAAACUGAAGAACGCAGCUGGUGAGGCAUUGUAUAACUUCAGACUGCGUGUCCUGGACCGACCUGGUCCGCCGGAACCCCCUAUCACAUUCCCCGACGUCAGUCGUAAUCAAGUGACCCUCUGCUGGAAUCCUCCAAGCGACAACGGUGGAUCAGAUAUUACUAAGUAUGUGAUAGAACGCUGUGAAGUAUCAUCGCAGAUCUUCGUCGAAGUCGCGCAAAGUGUUGCGACGGCAUAUCGUUACGUCGAUAAAAACGUCACUGAGAACUGUGAGUACCUCUACCGCGUGAGCGCUGUUAACGAAAAUGGCAUUUCGGAGCCCGCUAUAUCAGAACCCAUUAUAGCUCGUGCCUCGUACGGUAAGCCGUCGGCACCUCAGAAACCGAUUACAGUGCGUGACGUUAAAGACACUUCGUUCUCUCUCGGAUGGUGUCCACCGGAAACUGAUGGCGGAUCGCCCAUCAUCGAGUAUACUAUCGAAAAAAGGGAAGCCUCGAAGAAAGCAUGGCAAUCCGUCGGCAAUUCGGCCGCCGGUUGUCACAAUAUCCUUGUCUCCUCUUUGAAAAAAGGAACAGCGUAUCACUUCCGCAUCACCUGUCGCAACGAACUCGGCUCAAGCCCUGCGCUUAGUACCGACGAACCAAUUAUCGCCGGUCAUAUGAUUAAGCCCCCGAGCGUACCCGAAGGACCGCUUGAAACAAGUAACAUUACCAAUAAAACCGUCACUCUCUCAUGGCGCCCGCCUAAAGAUAACGGCGGAGCCGAACUGACGGCUUACGUCAUCUGGAAGAAAGAGCAAUCCGCUACUUCUUGGACCCGAGUCAUGACGAUUGACGCAAAUCGCACAACGUGUCUUGUUCAGCACCUUAGUGAUAGGUUUACAUAUACGUUCCGUGUAUGUGCUGAAAACAUUGCUGGCCCGUCAGACUAUCUCGAUUCAAUGCACAUUGUGAAACUGAAGGCUGCUGCCGAUCGGCCGACUCCGCCAACGGCGCCACUUGAGUACUGCAUCACUGGGCCCACCUCAAUGGAUAUUGAGUGGGGCCGUCCUGAAUCUGACGGCGGUUCCCCGCUUACGGGCUACGUGAUAGCUAUUAAGGAUAUUCGACGGCGAAUGUGGAUGGAAGUGGCCCAGGUCGAUGGCGAAACACAUCGGCUGCAUAUAAAAGAGCUUCAAGAGGGUCGCGACUACCGAAUUCGUGUGUUUGCGCGGAACGAGAUUGGACUCAGCGAGCCGCUUGAGAUGGACGAGGCUGUUCGAAUUACUCGACCAGAAGGAUUCACGGGCGAAACAGCCCACGACGACCGUACGCCCUCUGCCAGUUUCACGAGCGAAACAAGCAGUUCGUGGAUUCGCGAUCAUAAUAUCGAACCGCUGCUGCGCUCGUAUACCAAACAUAAACUAAAGCGGCAAUAUGAGUACUUCUUCAAGUUAUCUCACUACUCUGAGGACCUUUUCAAAUAAUAGCUAAUUAGCGACUUUAGAUAUCAAUUUUCGGUGAUAUUAGCUGAUACGACGACUAUUAAUAAACGGUCAACAAAAUAAGUGAAUGCAAUAACACUGUCGGAACGGAAACCAGCAGGGCUUAGUACAACGUUUUAGUCGAGACUCAAACUCCCGACCUUUCGGACUCCCUAAGCCGCGUGUCGCCUGGACCGCUUUUCCUGCCACCACAGUCUGCUCCUAACAUAAUUGACUCAAGCCAUGAUCAAACCGACAGCCAUCUUCGUCCACUUUUGUCUAACUAAACGAACGUCGAUCAUCAAAGGCGAAGCCAUCUAGCCAAGAAAUUAUACGCACUUAAAUUUCUACACUUUUGAAGCUGCUUUGGACUAAAAUCGGGUUACAACAAUUGGCGUCCUAAACGAAGUUGUAUAUAUCUAUCUACGUGCCUAGAUACGUUGUGAAAUAAUGACAGCCGUUAUAAUGACAGUCUGAUGUCGUGCCAUACCCAUUUUACUGACUGAGACUUCAGACUGAUAAGCCUUGCAAGGGCAAAUCUCAGGUUAACCGUUGUGCCACCCUCCUUUACCAUCACUUAACUGUAAUAUAUGAAAUAAACUGUACAGAAGCAGUCCUCUCGGACAUCGUAACGAGUUUUGCAGCCGAAAAUCUAAAAUAGGCUUUGUUGAAAUUCUACAGAAUUCACUCACACGCAAUCUCAAAACGAAUGUCAACGUAAUAGCUACCGACCGAUAGGGUAAACCACACAGGACGUCGGCCGAAGCUUCAUAUCGGGCUACCAUCUACAUGCCCAAUUAAAUUUCCGUUUGAGACACACUUAAAUCCAAUAAUAGGUUAUUCAUUUAUCCAAAAGGUGCAGAUUUCAAUCGUCUUCUUCUCGAUGUCUUGGCACUUUUCCCUUCAUUGAAAAAGUGUCUCAAGUGGAACGAUGACUCCGGCGAAAAAUGCCGCCAGCUAAAGCAAUGAUACCCGUUCAAAGUAUGUGUUAAGCAGGAGAAACAUUAGGUAGGUAUAAUUGUAUCAACAAAACAAUACGAAGCGUUCAUGAUAGUAAACAAAAUGUUGUAUUAUUAAAUAAAAAAACAAUGUAAUUGAAUACUUUGUUUGGACAAAUCCCGCUUCUACAGGCAAUCCUCAACGUCAUUUGGCGUGCCUCAGAGGUGGGCUUUCUUUAAACAAAUGCUUCCAAGGUUCAACCUCAAUAAUAUUGGCUAUAAUAAAUAAUACGACUGUGUUUAU